GGUUCCGGAAGCGCCGGCGCGAGAAGGCGGCGCGGGGGGGGAGGCGGGGUCCGCCAUGAAGCCCGCCGUGGACGAGAUGUUCCCCGAGGGCGCCGGGCCCUACGUCGAUCUGGACGAGGCAGGAGGCAGCACAGGGCUUUUGAUGGAUUUGGCAGCCAAUGAAAAAGCAGUCCAUGCAGAUUUCUUUAAUGAUUUUGAAGAUCUUUUUGAUGAUGAUGAUAUCCAGUAAAAUAAGUUUUCCGACUGUACAAAUCAAGAUAAGUCUUUCUGUAGCAGUGCCAAGGUCCCUGUUUUAUUUAUCUGAUACCUUGAAGAUUUAAUGGAGACACUUUAAAAAUUGGAACAUGAUAAACAAGAGAUUAAAAACUGUUUGUUAUCACAAAGCUA